AUGCAACCACGGUCCUCUGCUGAUAUCCUCGCAAAGGCUACGACAAAGCCAACGACAAAGGCUACGACAAAGCCAACGACAAAGGCUACGACAAAGCCAACGACAAAGCCAACGACAAAGUCAACGACGACAAAGUCAAGGCGCAAGAGGCCAGCUGCUUCUACCAAUGUAGAGCAGAGGCUCUCAUUCUCAUUCUCAUCUCUCAGCGGCACCGGUCCUUCCAACACGACCAAUACGAGCGAGCACCUGACGUUCGGAAACCCUGAACCAGCGCAGCACCAGUUCAACUUCCGUUUCAAGGCUUCAAAACUCUCUGCCUCCGCUCCUGAAGCAUCUGGCACACACGACGAUGGAGUUCUGAGGGACUUGGGUACAGUAGAGCAAGCCGUGGAUUUCGUUGGUGGGGAGUUCAGUGGUGCCAAAGAACCAAACCCCACCACAUUCCCUCUCUCUGCUGCGAGAGCAGAAGAGCCCCCGCGAACCAGAAUACUGCGUACCGAGCGUAUCGAGAAGCUCGUCCGUGAAAUUGUGGGCAAAGAGAUGGACACUGUCAAUAAAGCUAGCCAGGCUCCAGUUUUGAUGGGUAUUCUUUUCACUGCGGCAGAGACUUCCCUGGCAGCAGAGAAGAACAAGAACAAGCGUCCCGAUGCGACCUGCAACACAAUUGUCAGACAAUUAAGCUAUCAACGGUCGAACCGAUCGCUCGGAUUUGCGACUGUCUUUGGACUUUUUCUUUGGACUAGUGGCUGCUCUCGACAGACUAUCGACUCCCUUCAUCGCUGCGGUCUUUCGGUCUGCUACUCAUCUGUCCUCAAGUCCAUUCAAACACUCGCGGACCAGUGCAUGCAAUUGGCGAUUCAAGUCGGUACUGGUCUUCAUGUCUUCUGCUAUGACAAUGUCAAUAUCAGCACUUCCAUCCAUGUCGAGCAGCGAGGAUCUACUGGACCCGCGAAAGUGACAUCAGGAACCUUCGGCGUCGUCUACAAGGUCCGAAACGGUCGACUAGAAGAUAUGAAGCUUGCUCCAAUCCUUGAAAGGUUCAAAAAGGUUGAAGGACUCGAUUUCAACCGCGAUAUUCGACCAUCCAUGGACCAGUUGAAGUCUUUUCAGACACAGCUGACGGUAGUUAUUGUUCGCGUUCUGACAACCUACUGCCACAAGUUCAAGGAUUACUCGCAAGUUCCCACCUUACAGCACCCCCCACGCCGUCGAAUGCCUGCCGGAUAUAAGACUGAGCAAUUUCCUAUUCGAAUAACGACAAUUGAAGAAGCCACCGUUCGCGGAAACCUCUUAUACCAUGACGAUGUCUACUUGAACCAGCUCAAUAGACCACUGAAAGAUCUUUGCGAAUACGCCAUUCCGACCUUCAACGACCAGUUAACUGCAUCGCGCAUUCGUUCCGGCCAAAUUAUGCGAGCUUGGGACGUCAAUGCAUGGACUCGGCGAGAAGUGCUUGUUUUGGGCUUUGGUUUAUUUCAUCUCUGCUUGAACCUUAUCUGGGCAUUACUGCAUAUCCAUCGCGGCUCUCUCAGUGAUGUUGGGAGUCUCGCAUAUUUUUUUGUCGUCAUGGAGAAGACCAGGCUCGCAGGCGAACAUCCCGACUACCACACAUUGCUCUCAGCUCUGACCCAGAUUGCAGACGGCAUCAUUCUAAAUGCCUGGCGACACGAGACAGGUUAUGACGACCUCGCCAGAUUUGCAGAUUCCAAGCCCUCCUCAGAAGAAUUACUCAAGUUUGCGGAAUCUAUUCUUGCCAAUCACGCUACACCCAUGCCCGAGCCAAAAUCUUCCAAUGCCAAAGAGGACAGCGACAAGGAUGAACUUAGUGAUGAAUCACUGGACGAUGAUCCUCAGACAGCUGUCCCUAACGUCCCAAACCCUUCCAAAUCAAAAAUCCCAGACCCAGGCAAGGACAAGGCGCACCAAAACCUUCGACUUCUUGCGCGGGACCUGCUGUACAUGAAGGAGCUCAUCCGCGCCAUCUCGGAUGGUGACAUUGGUCGCAUUGAGGAUUUCCUUCCCCAGAUCGCUAUGAUGUUUCGCGGAGCAGGAGGUAACAAUUAUUGUACGGAAAUCUUACACUUCAUCUUGAAUCUGAAGCAUGUUUGGACGCCGAAAUUUGCGGACAUUAUGCGCGACAACAUGCUUGUUAAUGUAUCUGGGCUUGAGGGACAUGCCAUGCCUAUUGACCUCAAUAUCGAACACUUGAUUGGCGAGAUCAAGCUACUAUUAGAGGCCAAAGGACUUGAAUCAACGUGGGAGAGGCUCGGAAAUAUAUCUGCUGCGAUUCAUUUUAUCAAGAAACUCAAAAAGCAAGUCGCACUGGCAAUGAGUGCUUCUUAUCAAAGUACGACACACACCAAACCCAACACCGACCACUUGGUUCAUCGAGUCGCCAACAAAGUCAGUGAAGAGAAACUCCACGUCUAUACGGAGAACCGACCUGGUAAUGCCAAGGUGACAGCAACACCAAAUAUUCUUAGUGUUGGCGAGCAGAAACUUAAAUCGUCAACUUUAUCAACAUUCAAUCGCAAGGUUCGUGCAAUGGUGGAAGGACGAUGA